CCAGAUUUCUUUUUUCACGUUGCUGCGGUCACACUGCUGAGUUGUGCGUCGCGUAAAAGAAUUAAUUUUUAACCGUAAACACAGGCCACAGCUAUGGAAUCCCCACAAAUUGCAGUUACUGCAAGCAUUCCAGUAACAGUAAAUACAUCCAGCCCCUCUGUUGCGGCCGCCAACACCAGCGCAUUAAACAAAACCACAGUAGGCGUGACAACACCUAUUGCAGUCCCCCCCUCAACAACAACAAUAGCAACAACUACAGUGGGACCAGCAGCAACGAACACAAUAGCAGCAAGCAGUGCGGCUGUAAUUUCAACUCCUAUUUUGCGAAAUCUGCCAAUUGAGUUGCAAAACGAUCAAAAACGGAGAAGUUCCUCGCGGACAAUUAAAAGGAAACGUUUCGAUGACGAAAUAGUCGAGUACAAUAUCGUAGUGCCCACAAAUCGGAGUGGAACGGAUGCCAAUCGGAAUAGCAGACCAAGAACAACGUCUCAGAAUUAUCCGGCUUUAGUUGGCGUGCCACAUACCACCCUAGCGCCAUUGUCCAUUCCCCCAACAGCGCCGGAGACGCCACAAACGCCGGGCUCUGUAGAUUCCCUGUUGCCGGGUACUCCAAGUACGGUUUCCACAUUGCCGCUUGUGACGCCGACAACACCGGCACCACCUCCAACCCCCUUGCCGGUUGUCCCAGCAACUGCACCCUCAGUAAUCCAUCCUAAGGCUCCGGCUAUGGAACGUCCGGCGGCUAGUGAAAGGCGCUCCCGUCCUGUACGACCGGCCAGUAAGAAAUCUCAAAGGCGAAAUGGUCGUCCUUUGGGGCAGAUGGCCACCAAGGAUCUGGGACGCUGGAAGCCCAUUGAUGAUCUAGCUCUUAUUAUUGGAAUUCAGCAGACCAACGACUUGCGGAUCAUCCAUCGCGGCGUGAAGUUCUCCUGCAAGUUUACGCUUCAGGAACUACAGCAGCGCUGGUAUGCCCUGCUGUAUGAGCCGGCAGUUUCCAGGAUUGCAGUAUCGGCCAUGCGCAAUCUACACCCAGAACUGGUGGAGUCUGUGCAACGUAAGGCAUUGUACAGUGUCCAGGAGGAGUAUCUUCUAGGAACCAUUAAGAGCACGGAGACACCCAAGUUGGAGCAGUUCCAGGAGCUGCUUGAAAAGAACGCCUCUGUCUUUUACUGCGCCCGAACCGCCAAGUCCCUGCAAAACCACUGGCUGUUGCUGAAGCAGUACAGCUUGCUGCCGGAUCAGACACCCAAGCCACUCUACGGCACUGACCAGCAACCGUUGAGCUUCUCCGAUGCCGAGGAUCAGAUCUUCGAGCACGAUCUCAACGAGCCGCGUGACGAGGCCUUGGAGUUGGAGAGAGCUCUGGCAGAUCGCCGCAACAAGCGGGACAUACGCUUGCUGGAGAACGAACUUUCCCGCUGGGGUGUCCUGGUGGAUUGUGUGAUUGGACCCACCGCCGCCUCCGAGUUUGAUAACCAGACCUUGGCUUGUCUGUGUGGCCGCCAUGUCCGCUAUCUGAUGCGCUCCAAGGAGAUUACGUUUGGCCGCGACGCCAAGGACUGUGUGGUGGAUGUGGAUUUGUCGCUAGAGGGUCCUUCUGCAAAGAUUUCUCGCCGCCAAGGAACUAUUAAGUUGCGCAGCAAUGGAGACUUCUUCAUAGCUAACGAGGGCAAGCGGGCCAUCUUCAUAGACGGCACUCCACUGCUGUCGGGUAACAAGGCCCGCCUUGGCCACAAUUGCACUGUUGAGAUAUCCGGCCUGCGCUUCACCUUCCUUGUCAACUACGAGCUGAUCAACGCCAUCCGCCAGGAGAGCGCCAAGACAUCGAAUCCCCUUAACUAACUACUCUCAGCUCGAGCCGGAUCCGGGACUGACAUGUAUUCUACUUAUAAGCGAGCAGCAGGAUAGAACAACUUUU